UUGAUUUUAUGGUUUCCACAUUUAUUUUCCAAAUUUAUCAGAACAGGUUUUUCAUUUUUCCCAAUUUCGUCCGGACAUAUUAUUUUCGUUAUGUGAUGCAAGGCCGCCAUACUUGUAAGAACUGUAGACUACGGCGUAGUGAAGUUUGAACUGUUUGUUGAAUAAUAAUAGAUGUAUCAGAGAAUAAUCACGUCAAUCUUUUCCUACAUUUGAUUAAUAAAGAAACGGAAACGAAUUGGCUGUUGAGAUACAAUAUGAAGCAGUUCAUAACAUUACAACAUUGACGUGAAUACUUCCGACAUGGCAGCCAAGGAGUCCGAAGAAGAUGGCCAGAAGCCAUUGGCAGAUGCCACAGAACUUGAUGUUGGAGAAUCACGACCCUCAAGAAACAGAAAACUUACAGAACGUGGAAAGUCAUAUAAAUUAGAACAAUAUUAUAGCACGUUUAGAAAGUUGAAAACAUUAGGUUCACAAAUAAAGACCUUGAUGUUCGAAAAUAAAAGUGACACUGAAGAUGUGAGAAAACAAUACAGUGCAUGGUUGAAUACAUAUGAACGUUUCCUCAAUUAUUUUGAUGAACUUGCAACGCAAAUAGAUGAAAGGGAAAAGAGUGAAAUGUUUGCAGAUCACUAUGACUAUGAUAUAUUCCUGAUUAACUUUAAGAGGGAAGUCGAAGAUUACUUUUCUCGCAUGGAAGAGACAAAGAGCAAGAUCAUUAAAGCUAAAAGUCAUGCGACAUCAUUCACUUCUAAUGCAUCAAACAUUUCUUCACAAAGAAUUAAAGAAGAAACAAAGUUAGCAGAAUUAGAAGCUCGUAAAUCUGUCCUGAAGAGAAAAAAGCAACUCGAGAUGGCUAAGCUGCAACUGAAACUAGAUGAAGAGGAGCUGGAUAUCGACACAGGUAUUGCAGUAUCACACGCUAAAAGUGAAGUGCUACAAAAAUAUGAAAAUAUUCCUGAAGAACAGUCUUUAAAUCGGUUUGAUUUUAUUGAGAAUAAGGAAGAUAGUGUUGGUUGUCCUAGACAAUUAAUUCCAAAACCUUCGCCACGAACGCCUAAGUUUCAACAAGAAAUCGGGUCACAGAUAUCAUGCUCUUUGGAUCCAAAUGCCAACGCCUUUGUUCCAAGAUCACACAGCACUGAUAAGGAAACAAAGCAACAAGAUGCGCUACAAGAUGUUGUUAACUAUUUGAGAAGACCCUUACCAGAAAUAAAAAGGUUCGGCGGAGACCCACUGGAAUAUAGAAGAUUUAUUAGACAGUUCCAUGCUAAAGUAGUUAUAAACACUAAAGACGAUGAUGAACGAAUGAACUAUCUGGAACAAAUGACACAUGGGGAGGCAGGUCGCGUCGUAUCCGGCUUCAGCCAUAUGGACGGCAAGAGGGCAUACAAAGCAGCAAUGAACCAACUUGAAGAAAGGUACGGCGACGAUGAACUAAUCGUCACAACCUUUAUUAAGAAAGCUCUCGAAUGGCCUCAAGUGAAAGACUCAAAGAUGUUGGAUGAGUUUUCCUUAUUCUUGGUAGAAUGUCAAAAUGCUGCAGAGAGUAUGGAUAGCAUCAAAGUUUUAGACUAUCAGGAAAACAUGAAAAGAUUAAUGUUGAAAUUACCAAUAUACAUGCAUGACAGAUGGAGAAGCGUCGUCUUGAAGAAAAGGGAUGCAAAGAAAAGAGUGGCAUUUUCAGACUUUGUGACUUUCAUAAAAAAUGAAGCUAAAAAAUCCAACGAUCCAACCUAUGGAAACAUAUCAGUUAACGAAUCUCGACAGAGCAAUUAUAAACCACAGAAGAAAGUUGUACUGUCAACAGACAUUAUAAAUGACACAUCUAAACCAACAGACUUAAACGUGAAAUGUGUUUAUUGCGAAAAUUCUUCUCAUCUACUCAGUGACUGCAAGAAAUUCAUAGGGAUAAGUCUCCAGGAAAGAUACAGCUUUAUGAAGAGUAAAGGACUGUGUUAUGGAUGCUUGAAGAAAGGACACAUGAGUAUGAAGUGUAGAAACAGACUGAGGUGUUCAUUAUGCGGACGUUUUCACCCUACAAUUCUUCAUGAUCCAACGAAAUCCUCAGUAAACGCGUCAAAUCACAAAAGUGAGGCUGGUGACUCUUCACUAGCAGUUCCGAAAAUAAAGCAGUCUGCUGCUAAUUGCUUUGCAGAGAAUUCAAGUAUUAGUGCUUGUUGUGAUACUGGGGCCGGUGAUCAAACAUGUGCCAUGGCUAUAAUCCCGGUAAGAAUAAAAUUGAAGGACAAAAGCCAUAGUGUUGUAACAUAUGCAUUUUUCGACUCGGGCAGUAGUGUCUCCUUUUGCACUGAAAACCUAAUGCGGCAACUCGGAGCAAGUGGCAAGAGAUGUAACAUCACUUUGAACACAAUGGGAGAAGCCUACCAACUGUCAUCUCACUCAGUUAAGGGUCUGCAGAUCAGCGACAUGAGCAUGACAGAAUUCAUUGAUCUUCCUAAAGUCUACACUAAAGACAAGAUGCCGGUCAACCAUGACCAUAUCCCAACUAAGAAGGAAAUAUCAAGAUGGCCCCAUUUAUCGCAUGUUACACUUACAGAUGUUAAUGCUGAGAUUGGCCUCCUCUUAGGUAGCAAUGUUCCAGAUGCUUUCGCUCCAUAUGAUGUGGUAACUGGUCCUAGCGGUUCCCCUCACGCUACUAAGACGCGGUUAGGAUGGAUCGUAUGGAACGUACUCAGGGAUGGAGAAACUAGAACAUGUGAUGUGAACAGAGUGACAAUUGAACAAUAUUGUGAAUGUGACAUGAAACUAGAAGAAUUAGUUAAGGCAUCAAUAAACUCUGAUUUUCCAGAACGUGCUAUAGAAGACAAAAGAGAACAUUCAGUAGAAGAUAAGAAGUUUCUGAGUCAGGUAGAAGGAUCUGUCAGUCAAGAAAAUAGUCAUUAUUCCAUAGGACUACCAUUCAGAGAGAAUUCUGUGAAUCUACCAAAUAAUAUGAUUCAAGGACAGCAACGACUUGAAAGUUUGAAGAAGAAGAUGUUGAAAAAUCCCCAAUUUAGAAAUGAUUAUAUCAGCUUUAUGAACAAACUGUUUGAAAAGGGUUUCGCAGAAGCAGUUCCUGAGAUGCAGCUAAAGAGGGAUGACGGGCGAGUAUGGUAUCUUCCUCAUCACGGUGUAUACCAUGAAAAGAAGCCAGGAAAGAUAAGAGUAGUUUUUGAUUGUUCAGCAGUUUUUAUGGGUGUGUCUCUAAAUAGUCAAUUACUACAAGGACCUGACCUAACCAAUAGCCUCUUGGGUGUACUUUUGAGAUUUCGACAGGAACGUAUCGCAGUACAAGGUGACAUAGAGGCCAUGUUCCAUCAAGUUAUCGUACCAGAGAAGGAUAGAGAUUGCAUGCGAUUCCUUUGGUGGAAAGAUGGAAAUCUGGACGCUGAACCUAAUCAUUACAGGAUGAAAGUGCACAUUUUUGGGGCUACGUCUUCACCGGCAUGCUGUAAUUAUGCAUUGCAAAAGACCGUCAAAGAAUAUGGCGAAGAAUAUGAUCAAUGUGUACAAAAUGUCAUAAUGAGAAACAUGUAUGUUGACGACUGCUUAGCAUCAGUUGACACUGAAGAGGAAGCCAUAUCUCUUAUUAAAGACUUGAUAGACCUCUGUAAAAAGGGAGGAUUUCGUUUAACAAAGUGGAUUAGUAACUGUGCAGAGGUUUUAAAGUCAGUUCCAGAAGAUGAUAGAGCUGAUGACAUCAAGAAGUUGAGUCUAAAUGGUGAAACAUUGAUAGAGCGUGCCCUGGGGGUGUAUUGGUUUGUUGAGAGUGAUUCCUUGGGAUUUCAACUAGGAAUAAAGGACCAACCAACGACAAGACGAGGAAUUCUAUCUGUGACGAGUUCCAUAUACGAUCCUCUCGGCAUUGCAUCACCAUUUGUUAUGACAGCUAAAUCUUUGCUGCAACAGCUGUGUAGAAAUGGCAUAGGAUGGGACGAGAAAAUCGAUGAAACUGUGUUGAGAAACUGGAACAGCUGGCUUACACAAGUAAGACAAUUAAAAGAUGUAAGGAUUGAAAGAUGUUACAAACCAAAGAAUUUUGGACACUUGGCGUCGUACCAGUUACAUUGUUUUGCAGACGCGAGUGAACUUGGUAUGGGAGUUGUCAUAUAUCUGCGAAUUACUGAUGAGAAUAAGGUAGUACAUUGUUCAUUUGUGAUGGGAAAAUCAAGAGUCGCACCACUUAAGUCGAUGACAAUCCCUAGGAUGGAGCUUGCAGCUGCUACUCUAGCUGUGAAGUUAAGCAAAUUAGUUGAUGACCAACUAGACUAUCCUAUAGAAAAGAUACACUUCUGGACUGACAGUAUGUCAGUGCUUCGUUAUAUAGCUAACACAAAGACUCGAUUCCAAACCUUUGUUGCGAACAGGCUUGCCAUCAUUCAUGCCGCUACAAACUUUGACCAAUGGCAUUAUGUCAACACAAAAGAGAACCCAGCCGACUGUGCAUCUAGAGGGGUUUCGUCAGUUGUUAAAUUUAUCGAUAAUCAGCGUUGGUUCCAUGGACCCGAAUUUCUCUGGAAACAAGAAUCUACCUGGCCAGCGGAACAUGAAAUUGAUACCACUCUGGCGACGAAUGAUGUGGAAGUGAAAAAAUGUGCCAACACUGCUCUCAUACAAUCUCCAGUAGAAGGUGUUGAAAGAAUUCUGGAACAUUUCUCAGACUGGAAAAGAAUGAAAGUUGCUGUUGGAUGGUUCCUGACAGCCAAGGAUAACCUGCGGAAAACAGUCAUUCAGAAGAGAGAAAGACAUGAGAAAAUGAUGAACUCUGGGAUUCCUGAAGAAAAGAUCAAGCAGAAUGAAAACAUGGGGAGUGAAGAUAGAUUAAAGAAGCCUAGAUUAGUAAAGAACAUUCCAUACCUCAAUGCUGACAUCCUUGAUAGAGCAGAAAGAGAACUUAUUGCAUAUGAGCAGAGACGAUAUUACGCUAACGAAUUGAAAGAUCUUGUAGCCAAACACGGACAUGUCAAAAGGUCUUCGCAGCUUUCCAGAUUAGAUCCGUUUCUACAUGAAGGAGUCUUAAAGGUUGGAGGAAGACUAGAAAGGCUAAACGUACCUUUUACCGCAAAGCAUCAAAUGAUUGUCCCAAAAAAUUCCAGACUGGCAAAGUUGAUUGUAUUAGAUGCCCACAGAUUUACAGGACAUCUGGGCAAGAAUUCCACUUUAGCUGUGAUUCGAGAGAAGUUUUGGAUUCCUGGUGUUUCUUCUCUAUUGAAAUCGCUUAUCUCAAAAUGUGUUUUAUGCAGAAGAUACCAGUCUCCUCCAAUGCAGCAGAAGAUGGCUAAUUUACCCGCUGAAAGGCUUAAAACAGAUGAUCCGCCUUUUACUUAUGUAGGCAUGGACUACUUUGGACCAUUUGAGUUGAAGAGAGGAAGGAGUAUGGUAAAACGCUAUGGUGUGAUAUUCACUUGUCUUAACACCCGAGCAAUUCAUCUUGAAGUUUCAUUCUCCUUGGAUACAGAUUCAUGUAUUGAUGCUAUUCGCCGAUUCAUUGCAAGGAGAGGAAAACCAAAAUUUAUCAGGUCGGACAAUGGUACAAACCUUGUGGGUGCUGAGAAAGAGCUAAAAGAAGCUCUCAAAACAUGGAACAUAAACCAGAUUCAUUCUCACUUACUGCAGUCAGGGAUAGAUUGGACAUUCAAUCCACCAUCAGCGUCACAUUUUGGAGGUGUCUGGGAGCGGCUCAUCAGAUCUGUUAGAAAGGUGCUAUUUUCUGUUCUACAUGAACAAACUAUUCAUCUCGACGAUGAAGGACUCGCAACGUUGUUCUGUGAAGUUGAAGCUAUUCUCAAUGGAAGACCUUUGACGCCUACAUCAGAUAAUCCAAGUGAUCUGAGUGUUCUAACACCAAACCAUUUGCUACUUCUCAAAUCCGGAGAAACAUUACCACCUGGAACUUUUUCACAAAGAGACAACUAUGUACGCCGUAGAUGGCGACAGAUCCAGUACCUUGCAGACAUUUUUUGGCGCAGAUGGAUUAAGGAGUACCUACCUCUUCUUCAGAGUAGACAGACGUGGCUGAAGCAAGGUCGCAAUGCUAAAGAAGGUGACUUGGUUCUCAUUGUCGAAAAUGGACCGAGGAAUCAUUGGAAUCUUGGUCGAAUUCUGGAGGUUCAGAAGGAUGUACAUGGUAUCGUGCGUGUUGUCAAAGUGAAAACUGUGUCCAGUAUUCUUACGCGCCCAAUAGCCAAAGUUUGUCUCGUGUUGGAGUCAGAUGAGAAAGAUUAA